AUGAAACUCUCAUCAACUAUUAUUACAACUUUUUUAGCCACAGGUUUAGUACAAGCUAGUCCAAAAGCUAUUCCAGGUCCAUCUCCAUUAAAACAUGGUUCUUCAUAUGCUAAUUCUAUGGGUCCAUUAACAUUUUUAUAUCCAGAAACAAGACAAUGGAAUGCUGAUAAUGAUAAUACUGCACCAUGUGGUUCAAGUGCACAAAUUCAAAAUAGAUCAGAAUUCCCAUUAGAUGAUGGAUUUAUUGCAUUUAUUGCUAAAUAUAUUUCAACAAAAGUUAAAUUAUCAAUAUCUUAUAAUGAAAAUCCAACUACACAAGAUGAUUUUGAUGAAUGGUAUAAUGGUAAUGUUUCAGAUGAAUUACAUAUUGGUCAUACUUGUUUCUUUAUGCCAGAUCAACCAAAUUCAAUUAAUGAAGGUGAUGUUGCCACAAUUCAAGUUAUUUAUCAAAAUGAUGAUGAUGAAGAUCAAGCAAAUUCAGAUGGUUCACCAAGACAACAAGAUUUUAAUGAAACUUAUUAUGCAUGUGCUGAUAUUAAAUUUGUUGAAAAAUCAGUUUUUGAAGUUAGUGAUUUAGCAUUCAGUUGUUUUAAUGCAACAAAUGAUGAUUAUUAUGCAGAAUCUGAUAUUGAUACUGCUUCAAGUGUUGCAACUUAUGAUUCAUCUCAAGUUUCAGAAGCUCAAUCUGUUCAAAGAACUGCUUCUCAAGAAUCAUCUGGAGCAUCCUCAGCAACAGCUUCAUCAUCAUUAUCAUCGUCAUCAUCAUCUUCUUCAUCUGCUGGUGCUGCUGCUCUUGGUGCUGUUUUGAGUAAUCCAGUUGUUGGUUUCACAGGUGUUUUAGCCAUCUUUGCAGCACUGUUAUAA